UUCUUGCAUGUCUUGUUGUAAUCGGCCAAAAACACAUUCACCCAAAACACUCCCCAUUUCAUCUUGAUCACUUUCUUUUCAUGCAAAUGCAAUUACCCCUUUUUGUUUCUUGAUUUUUCAUCAAAACAGACUAAUUCUUUUUCCCAUUUCAUCAUUCCAAAAAUCAAAUCUUCAUCUCACAAUGGGCAACAACAACAGCUCCAACGGCCGCCGGAGACACAACCACCACCACCCAACACCGCCACCACCAUCGCCGCCGGAGAUCAACGCCAGCCGUUACAUAUUCGCCGCCGCCUCACCAUACCCUCCUCAAUACCCUAACCCUAAUAAUUCUCCGUAUUAUGAAUACCCAACCGGAGCAUUCUACCAGCCACCGCCGCCACCGCCGGUGAUGCCGGCGUAUGAUCACCAGCACCACCGGGUUCCGGCACAGGCGUGGGUGGGUGGGCGGUACCCUUGUGGGCCUGUGAUGCACACUCCUACACCUUAUGUUGAUCAUCAAAAGGCUUUCACUAUAAAGAAUGAUGUUAAUAUCAAGAAAGACAGUUUGAAGAUUGAAGAAGAUAAUGGCAAGUUUCUUGUUGAGUUUACUUAUGAUGCCACUGUUGCUGGCAGCAUUACCCUUUAUUUCUUUGCAAAAGAAGGAGACUACUGCAACAUGACCGCAACAAAACAGGACACGCUUCCACCGAUCACAGUGAGCUUCGAACAAGGUUUGGGACAGAAAUUCAGACAAGAAUCUGGGACCGGUAUAGACCUCUCAACGUUCGAGGAAUCAGAGCUUGUAAAAGUCAGUGAAAACGGCGUAUAUCCUCUAGUAAUCAAGGCAGAAGCAACACCACACGUAUCAUCAGACUCGACUACAAACUCCAAAGCUAUUAAUUCCCAGAUAACGCAGGCGGUGUUCGAGAAAGAUAAAGACGAAUAUCACGUCAGAGUAGUGAAACAGAUCCUGUGGGUGAAUGGAAUAAGAUAUGAACUUCAGGAGAUUUACGGGAUCGGUAAUACAGUAGACGGGGAUGAUUUCGAUGGCAAUGAUCCGGGUAAAGAAUGUGUCAUUUGUUUAUCAGAGCCUCGGGAUACUACGGUUCUUCCUUGCCGUCACAUGUGUAUGUGCAGCGGAUGUGCGAAAGUGUUGAGGUUCCAGACGAACCGAUGUCCGAUAUGCAGGCAGCCAGUGGAGAGGCUUUUGGAAAUCAAGGUGAGUAGUGGAGGUGAAGAUUGAGAUCACCAUAUAUAAAUCAUAAUCAUGUUAUAUACUUAUGUUUCAAUGUUGUUUUCUUUAUGUUACAUGUUUUGUGUGUUUGAGGAAUUCAAGUAUAUGAUGCAGAGUUGAAAGAUGUACAAGUUUUUCAUCAAGUAUUGUAGAUAAUUGAUUAAUAGCAAAA